UUUUUCGUUUUUUUUUCGACUCUGUAAAUGGAUUUCCAGACCCAAUACUCCAAAAGACACUUGAAUGGGACCAUCUACAUAGCCACACGACGCGUGCUGGACGAGAAGCUGCGAUCCGAGCUGGAAAGUGGUGCCGGCGAAAUGUAUCUGUUGUUCAAAGCGCCGUAUUCCACAUAUGGCAUAGAGGAGAUCGCCCAGGUGGCCAGCGAACUGGGCGAGAUCUUUGUCAUACGCUUCAAGGUGGACUUUCGCAACGAGAGUCGCGGCUAUGCCUUUCUGCAGUACAUUGACGCGUCCCUCCAGGCGACGGCCAUGCAAGUUUUAAGGAAGCGCUUCAGUGAUAUCAACUUGGACAUUACCAUAUUUCCAUCGCGCAACGCGAGGGAGCUGAUCCUGCUGACCGGCUCGGGCGAGGGCUCGACUCCCUUCCAGAUCUACCAGCAGAUGCGCACCUUAUGCAGCUUCAACAGUGUCCGUGUCUACGAGUAUCGUCCGCGUACAUACUUGCACGUAUUUUCGUACGUGAACAAUGAAGCGGCCACCCUGGCACAUCGCAGGAUCCGUGAAAACAUUCUGCUCUUUGGUCCCGCCGCCCACGUAUCCUGGCUGCGUAGCAACCAGACGGUGGAUAAUGACGACUUUGUCACUGCCUGCUGCCAGCAACUGGACAACGAGCAGCUCACACCCCCCAAUCCCAAGGCGUGCAAUUGUUUCACCUUCUCGCGGCCACAAGCGUAACUGUUUAACAAUUUUAAUUUGUGUGUUUACCCAACAAUCUGUAUCCCUUAUCCGAGUUAUAUUUUUUUUUUUUUUGUUUAAAUGAAUGAUAUGUUUGUUUGUUUGGUUGACUCGUUCAAUUACACCUUUCGCGCAAAGAUAUGCCAAGUGCCAGUGAAAUUGU